AUGAGAAGUAACAGCUAGUAAUAAUAGUCCACAUAAUAAUUAAAAGAAGUAAUUUGAAAUUAUAAAAUCAAGACAAUACAUAAAUUACAAUAAAGAGAUGCAUCUUAUAGGUUGGAAAUAUCUAAGUUAAGAAAAUAAUUAAAUGAAAGAGAUCAAGAAUAUAAAUAAGCUCUAGAAGAAUUAUAGGAAUUAAAAAGAAUUUAACAAAGGGUAUUUGUAAACUCUUAUUUAUAGGAUAAUCAAUAUAUUAUGAAAAUAGACAAUUAUGUCAUGAACUUAAAAUAAAAAUUACAUAAAGCAAACAUUAAAAUAGGUUCACUUGAAUCAAAAUUAUCAUCCUCUAGAGCUAAAUAAACUAUUUCAUAUGAAGAAAUGACUAAUCAUAAUGAUACAUUUUAAACAGAAAUCUCAUAAAUAUCAACAUAUCAACCCAUAAUCAAAUAAUAAUCAAAUCGUCCCAAUUAAACUUAUGCUUCUAAUAAACCAAAAUUAAUUUGUAAACCUGUUAAAUUUUAACUGCCAUACCCAAAUACAGGGUUUACAGAAAAUUAGGAUAUUAAUGAUAAUUCUUCAUUUAUCAAACCAAGUCCAUUAUAAGAAUAAAUUUUAAAUAGAAUCCUAGAUGAUGAAGAAUUCUCUGCCAAUUUAUCCUAAAAAUUAGUUUAAUUCUAAAAUGAAUCAUAUUCAUAAAAAAAUAAAACUUAACCAAUCACAUUUACUUGUAAUUCCAGACAAAGUAACUUUAGUUUUGCCAAUAGUGAAAAGAAACCAACAAAUAAUGAUAAGUCUGGAAAAGGAUCUAAUAGAUAAUGUAAUUAUAUUUUAUUAUAUAAAGAUCAUUCUGUUUCUACAGAUGAUAAAGAAAAUGCGUACUAAUAUUGUAAUUGA